UUAAAAUAAUAAUUAGCUUUGGAGAAGUGUCACUUGGUAUUAAACAUCUACAUAAAAUAAGACCAAGUAAUGCUAUAAUGGAAUUGAAAGAAAAAAGAUAUUUGAAGAAAGCUUUAGUUUUGCAAAAUGUGACAAUUACAAUUUUAGUGUUCUCUAAUUGGUUUUAAAGCUUAAUUUUUCUGAUGCAACUGCUAUUUAUAUAAGUUCCUGUCCUGAAAAUCUUACAGUCCAAGACCCCAAUGUUGCAUAUAUUUAUGUAAGUGCUUAACUUUACGCUUUUAUGUCAGUAGGACUACUCAUGUGCACAGUUAAACAUGUGUGUAAGUGUUGGCAGGGUCUGGCCUAAGAAGACAAAUUGCAUAUGAAAUAUGGUGGGAGAAGGACACAAUCAAAUAUAUAUAUAUUUUUACAAAUGCUAGCUUUUAAAGUUAUUUUUAAGAUCAGGUAAAAUAUCAGUUAUCCGCAUUUGCCUGUUGGUCUCACCAUCAUCAAUUGCCUGACCUUUUUGGUAUUGUGGCAGAAGUGCUUUGAUAGCAGCAGACACUGCACAUCAGCAGAUACUGCAGUUUGAUUAGUGUUUUUGUUUUGCCAGGAUUUGCUGUCCUUUCUGAACCUUUGAUUUUUAUGUAACUUACUGAAUGUGUUGAAUAACUAGAUAGAAAAAACAAAACAAAACUAAAUAAUGAAAACUGCAAGCCAAAUGAAUGCACAGGAGAAUUUACUUUUUAGAGAGAAAAAUGUUAACUUUAAAAUAAUAUGGUAAGUGCCCCUAUUAUGUGGCCAUUGGGUUCAUUACUGGUUGAGUGAGUUUUGAUUAAACAACUUGCAGCUCACUUUUAAGUAUAAUUGAAUUCUUUUAUUAAAUAUUCUUACUCCCAUGGAAGAAAGUAUGACUUCAGUUUAGUAAAGAAUGGUGAGGCCAUUCCAGAAAGGCUCUGACUUUAAAAUAAUAGUUUACAUUUUUAUUUGGCUUUUUAAUAGAUGCAACUUAGGAUGCAAUCGUGUCAUUUGUGUUUUAAAAAUCCAUCAUAAAUACAAACAUUUGAAAGUCAAGGCAUUCACAAUCCAUUGGCAAGUGGGACAUUUUUGCUGAGCUGCCAUCAAAUUCACCUUUCUGAAACCAUUUAAGGAGAUUGAUUUGCGCUGAUACACUACAAGACAUUUUAUUAAACAAGUUUAAGGAUCCCACCAGUGUCCUGCAACAUCUGAAGGCAACAUCUUAUUUUCUUAAGAACAAGUUUGCCACAUACUUCAGACAGAAGUGGAACAAUGUCCUAUGUUUUUGUAAAUGAUUCUUCCCAGACAAAUGUGCCCCUGUUGCAGGCAUGCAUUGAUGGGGAUUUUAACUAUUCCAAGCGGCUGCUGGAGAGUGGAUUUGACCCAAAUAUUCGUGACAGUCGUGGCCGAACUGGUCUGCACCUUGCAGCAGCCAGAGGAAAUGUAGACAUCUGUCAGCUGUUGCACAAAUUUGGUGCUGAUCUACUGGCCACCGAUUACCAAGGUAACACAGCCCUUCACCUGUGUGGGCAUGUGGAUACUAUCCAGUUCCUAGUCUCUAAUGGACUCAAAAUUGAUAUUUGCAAUCACCAAGGAGCAACACCACUUGUUCUGGCAAAACGAAGAGGAGUAAAUAAGGAUGUAAUUCGAUUGCUGGAGUCUUUGGAGGAGCAGGAGGUGAAAGGAUUUAACAGAGGAGCUCCCUCUAAGAUGGAAACCAUGCAGACUGCAGAAAGUGAAAGUGCAAUGGAAAGCCAUUCCCUCCUUAAUCCGAACCUGCAGCAAGGUGAAGGGGUUCUUUCCAGCUUCCGCACAACAUGGCAAGAGUUUGUGGAGGACCUGGGCUUCUGGAGGGUGCUACUCCUGAUCAUUGUCAUUGCCCUUCUCUCUCUCGGAAUCGCAUACUACGUUAGUGGGGUGCUUCCUUUUGUGGAAAAUCAGCCUGAAUUGGUGCAUUAAAGCAAAUGAAAAGAGGCACAACGUUCUUUUCCUGAGUUCUAAUCUUUGUUUUGAGCUUCUUAUAAUUCUUGGUGCAGCUGUAUAUACUGUUUGUCUUUUAUAUGUACUGCUAACCCUUUUGGAAGAGAGCUGCAUUAACUUCUGCCAACACUACCAAAUUCUAAAGAAUUCCUAGGCUACCUCUGACAUGUCUUGACUUCUAAUCAAAACUUAUAGAUAGCAGUCUUUAUUGAUCAAAUGUGGUGAUCAUAAAAGGCCCUUCAUAAAUAAAUAGCAAAUCCUUGAGCAUGUAAAAAUGUGUCCUGCUACAGGACCAAAUCAUCUUGUUUUCCAUUAUUU